ACAGGGUGAUGUCUGAUUGGCCACUGGGGGGCGGCUGUCCUCUCUGUCACCAGUUCACCCUCUGAGGUUUAUGGGAUAGGACGCCCCCCUCCCCACCCCUUCGUAACCUCCCAACCUGCAACCACAGUGACACGACUGUGCGAAAGGCCGUGCCUGGCGAUUGGAGCCCUGGUCCUGACAUGGGCAGCCCCGGCUGUGAGGUGAGUUUUGGUUUGCAGUUUGUACCCUCCCAGCUGUGUGUGUGAGGGGUACUGGUACCACCGUGAUUAAUAGUUUAAUGUUGAUCCUCUGAUCGGCUAUUUACCAUUCCGAUCCGCUAUUUACAAAUCCGAUCCGCUAAUUACCUUGUAUACACAGAGAAAAUACAUGGUAAAUUGGUAAUUACACCGUAAUAGCAUACAAAUUACUUGUUUGUUUCUUUGGGAUUCAUUCAAACAAGCUUUUCUGUUCAACUAUCAUUGUCUUCCAACAUCUCCCAUAUAAAUCUAAUCUCCUUUAUCCAGGUGGGUCCGGCGGGGCCUGUGGAGCCCGUGCUGGAGGCCUUGUGUCCAGAGUGUGGUCAGAUCCACCGGGCCUGGGAGAACCACCUCUAUAACUACCGCCUGGAGGUGGACGAUGACCUGGUGUGCCACAUCUGCCUGCAGCCCCUGGUCCAGCCCCUGGACACACCCUGCGGACACACCUUCUGUGCCCGCUGCCUCCGCAGCUUCCUCCAGGAGCGGGACUUCUGCCCGCUGGACCGGGCACGGCUGCAUCUGCAGGUGUGUAGGCGGAGCAGCAUCCUGGUGCACAAGCUGCUUGACAAGCUGUCUGUGUCCUGUCCCCUGGCCCCAGCCUGCAGCCUCAGCAUGCCCCGCUGUGACCUGGAGGCACACCUCAAACACAGGUAGAGUGGAGUCACACACACACACACUUACACACUUCACACACUGGUCUAGGGGAAUCACGUGUGCAAAGAAACACAUGCAUCCAUGGCAAGCACACACACACAACUUCUGGUGUGAGUGAGGUGUCUAGCAAAUGCUGUAUGGGAAGAAGUUGCCCCUAACCACUGUUACAGGGUGAGAUAUUCCUUCAUCCCUGUAAUGGUGAAGGUAUGGAGUUGGGUAUGAUCAGCUGAUCCUAGACUUGUUUCUUACAUGCAGCUCCCCCCGGGAGACCUCGGGGUGGGAUUAUUAGGUCCUGGGUCAUGUGACUGGGGAUUACCAGCCAGUUACUUGGUAAUGGCACAUCUAUCAUUCCAGUGAUUAUACUAAAUUGUAAUUAUUUUGCACUAUGGCCUAUUUAUUGCCUUACCUCCAUAACUUACUACAUUUCCACACACUGUAUAUAGAUUUUCUAUUGUGUUAUUGACUGUACGUUUUGUUUAUCCCAUAUGUAACUCUGUGUUGUUGUUGUUUUUAUCGCACUGCUUUGCUUUAUCUUGGCCAGGUCGCAGUUGUAAAUGAGAACUUGUUCUCAACUGGCUUACCUGGUUAAAUAAAGGUGAAAUACAAUUUAAAAAAUACAUGUGUUGUGUUGUCUGGCCGAGCCUCCAUGUUCUCUGACGUCCACCAUGCUGGGACCUGUUUAACCACUUCUUCUGUGACACUGCCAAGGGCAACCCCGACCUGUGGUGAGUCCGGUACUAGGGUAAUACGUCUGGCUGUUCAAGCACCUCUCUAAUCAGGCACAGAGCCUCACACACACACACACACACCUCACAAUGUGAGUGGGUGUGUGGCGGUGGGGAGCUCAGCAGGCUAGUGGUAGCUGUGAGGAAACUGUACCGCAACUAUAUCUGAAGUGAGGGAGGUCUGUAGUGUAAAGUAUUAAAAGGUGUGAAGAUGUCGGUUCAAGAAUUUGGUCUCUAAGCUGUGAUGACUUGAUGCUGAACUUUGUAGUGUUUAAAUCAGUAAAUAAGACAUACAUUGCAAUUACUGUGUAGAUAUGCAUCUAUCUGGAGUUUAUUGCUUGGUUUUUAAAGGUAGCUUGAGUGCUAGCCUUUCAUCUUUAGCCAACUUGUUUGUUGUCCUGACUCUGCUGUGACAUGACAACAACAUAGGAUUUGGAUAAAGCUGGAACAUACUGGUUACUAGGCUACUCCUGAACCGUGUGAGGUUCUGGACUGAUUUUGGACUAGACCAGAGGAAUGCCAACUAAGAACUGAGAACUUUUAUUUUGCUGAAUUCCACAGUCUGUAGCUGUCCCUAUGGAAACUACUCUCCGUUGCUGUGUUGAUGCAUGGUUAUUAAGGUUAUAGCUGCUAAACGGCCAGAUCUCAGGGGAAAUUUACCUUAACGAGCUCAGGCUAACGAGCUGUUGCUAACACUAACAGGCUUUCACUGAGUCAGCUGUCUGGACACGUAAAAAAAAAAAAAAAAAAAAAAGUACCCAAUUGUCAUACUUGAGUAAAAGUAUAGAUACUGUACCUUAAUAGAAAAUGACUCAAGUGAAAGUGAAAGUCACCCAGUAAAAUACUAGUUGAGUAAAAGUCUAAAAGUAUUUGGUUUUAAAUAUACUUAAGUAUCAAAAGUAAAUGUAAUUGCAAAAAUAUACUUAAGUAUCAAAAGUAAAAGUAUAAAUCAUUUCAAAUUCCCUAUAUUAAGCAAACCAGACGGCACAAUUUCCGUGGUUUUUAAAUUGACGGAUAGCCAGGGGCACACUCCAACACUCAGACAUAAUUUACAAAUGAAACAUUUGUGUUUAGUGAGUCCGCCAGAUCAGAGGCAGUAGAGAUGACAAGGGAUGUUCUCUUGAUAAGUGUGUGAAUUUACAAUUUUUCUCCUGCUAAGCAUUCCAAAUGUAAUGAGUACUUUUGGGUGUCAGGGAAAAUGUAUGGAGUAAAAAGUAUAUUCGUUUCUUUAGGAAUGUAGUGAAGUAAAAGUAAAAGUAGCCAAAAAUAUAAAUAGUAAAGUACAGUACAGAUGCCCCCCAAAAUACUUAGUAUUUUUUACUUAAGUACUUUACACCACUGUACACGGGACACCCACCCCUGUCCUGCUCUGCCCUGCUCUGCUCUGCAAUGCUCUGCUCUGCUCUGCCCUGCUCUGCUCUGCUCUGCCGUACCCUAUUCUGCUCUGCCCUGCUCUGUCCAGUCCAGCCUUUGGCCCAGUGUCCACUAAAGCUCAAUUCUAAUUAUUUUAAAGUGCAUCCUGUCUUACUUCCUUCCUCCCUCAAAGUCAUCACUGAUCCGCCAAGGUUGGAUUGUUGAUACCAAUGAAAUGAAAACCUUUGCCAACAACGUCAACUUGGUCAACAAACAUUGCCAACAAUUUGAAUCAGUGAUUACCUCAAUGAAGUAAGGAAUGGAGGAAGGAUACCUUAAACAAGCGGAAGACUAGAUGCUAGGUCGGAAAAUUACAGGUUAAGACAACCUAAUAAUUCCAUGUGGCAGCGUGAUAAACGAAAUCAUUGGACCAGCAUCAUUGCAAAUUCUACAGGAUGAGCAUUGAAAACGUGACCAGCGGUCUGGAAAUUAAAUAUUAAAGUGGUCAUUUGAAAAACGUCUAAAUGAAUAGAAUGACAGUAAAACAGUUAUGCUAACAUUCACUUCCAGAAGAAAAAAAAGAAUAUAUAUAUAUAUAUAUAUAUAUAUAUAUAUAUAUAUAUAUAUAACAACAAAAAAUAAAAGAACAACAACAAAAAACAUUCACUUCCAGACUGACAAAAUGGUGUGGACAGACAUGGCCGCCCUGUUCGUAGCUCCUAGCCAAUGUUGCUUGUUGGGGAUCAUUGCACAGUUGGAGCUAGGAACAUAAGCAUUUCACUACACCCGCGAAAAACAUCUGCAAAAUACAUAUACGCAACCAAUACAAUUUGAUUUGAUUCGAUUUUCUGCAUGGAAUUAUUACAUUGUCUUAAGCUUUGGUACCUUCAACCUACACUAGAUGUCCACUACACCUUCUCCUCACUAGAUGUCCACUUCUCCUCACUAGAUGUCCACUACACCUUCUCCUCACUAGAUGUCCACUUCUCCUCACUAGAUGUCCACUACACCUUCUCCUCACUAGAUGUCCACUACACCUUCUCUUCAGCUUAUGGACAAGUAUAUAAAAUUGCUUCCCACUGGGUAUCCAGUUGUGGCAGGUGAGCUCUGUCUCACUCUAAGUGGUCCCUAGGUCUUUCUGAGGUGUCUGUACGUGACUGGACUGCUCUGUUCUUCUAUAGAUUAAGGCCCAGGUCCGCGUGGGUCAUUCCCUCUGCCCCAACCCUAAGACCGUAAUGAAGCUAAGGAUGGGAGGAGAUCAUGAGAGACAGAAUUGGGUGUCUGUCAGCUUGGACAUUUAAUAUUGUGUCACUAAAGCCGCCUUAAAGUCAGGGAUUAGAUUAGAACAGAAGACUGCCAGGGCACUUGGAACGUCCUUGAACUGGGUGGAAUGUUCUAGAACGUGUCUGAUGAUCUGAUGCUUGAUCCUGGAUGACUAUCUGUGGUUCUUCCUGCUUCGUGCAUAGCUUAAAUCAUAGUCUGGCAGCUAACCAUCGGAGGGACUGGUCAAUGCAGUAGGUUUCCUGAUGUUUUCUGUGGUAUCUGUUUAUGAGCUGAACAGUAGUUUAACCCAAUAACUCUUUGUUAUUGGGUUGUCUUACCUUUCAUGUAUGCAGCAUGUGUGUGUGUGUGAAAUGUAUGAACCCCUCAGUGUAUAUCUGCAGUUUUAAAGGUCAACUUUGGGCACGAAAAAUUGUCCAACUCCGCCCCUUUCUCAAUCUUCUAACAGAAAUGCGGUGUACCUUUGGUGGUUCGUCGAUGUGUCAUUCUGGUAAUGCGCGCCGCGACUGACGUAGCUAGUUCGUUAGCUAUGCUAGCCACUUUAGCUAGCCAGUAACUCCUCCAGUAUGUGUUGACAUCAUUUCACAGGAUAUGUUUUUGGACGGAAACUGUAGAGAUCGGUAAGGAAGGGCACUUCUGUAGCCAAAUAUCUAAUUCAUCCAUAGGCAUUAAAUGACCUGGUAUGAUGGUGCAUUGAUCAGUUAUACAGUUUUUGCCCAAAGUCGACCCCCACAUCCCUCUCUCUCUCUGUGUCCAGGUGUCCGGGGACGCAGUCUCAGCAGACCAGUUUAGAGGGACCACCAUGUGAUCACGGGGAGGAGGGAGCCAUGGUGACCAGCCCCCCCAGGUCCCCACGCUCCCUCCAGACAGAGACAGACCUGCGGGAGGAGAGCUCCCCCUCGCCACCUGGUGGCACCUCCACCGCCGGAAGCAGCGUCCCUAUGUGGACCGACGAGCCUGGACUGGACAACCCUGCCUUCGAGGAGAGCAAUGAGGAGGACAGUGAGUAACAACUGUGUGUGUGUGUGUGUGUGUGUGUGUGUGUGUGUGUGUGUGUUACUAACCCCUCUCUGUGUGUAGGUGUGGUAGGGUUGGAGUGUGUGGUGCCCAGGGUAAAGCGACCCCUCAGUAACCCCUGCAUCCAUCUCCUCCGCACCGCCAGCUCUGCCUCCUCUGUGUGGGACUGCCCCGAGUCACCGCCCCUCUCUGCAGAAGAGGGUAUGACAUCACUUCCUCCAUCUGACUUCCUGUCUCUAACCUUCCAAUGUAAUCAUCUCGAAUCUAAACAUUCAUGAAUAUAAGAGAUUUAUGUCUUACAUGUCCCUGUGUAUCUCCCAGGUUGUGUGAAGCUGCCGUCCCUUCCAGAGGGUGAAAUCACCACCAUCGAGGUCCACCGCUCCAACCCCUAUGUAGAACUGGGCAUCAGCAUCGUCGGGGGUAAUGAGACGCCUCUCAUCAACGUGGUGAUCCAGGAAGUGUACCGUGACGGGGUCAUUGCUCGAGAUGGCAGGCUUCUGGCCGGGGACCAGAUACUACAGGUGAGGACCAUGGAUCCAUCCUCACCUCUUCCUAAACUUUUCUCCUCUAAUAUCCCUCCAAAGCCAACAUCCCUCCCUUUCCUUCUCCCUCUCCUAAUGUCUCUCUCUCUCUCUCUCUCUCUCUCUCUCUCUCUUUCUCCCUCUCUGCAGGUCAACAGUGUAGACAUCAGCAAUGUGCCCCAUAACUUUGCCCGCUCCACGUUGGCACGCCCCUGUGCCACACUACAGCUCACUGUCCUAAGGGAGCGCCGCUGUGUCUCUCGCCCACCCGCCUCCACCACCCCCUCAGUGCCCCAUGCCCCCUGUUCCACCCCAGAGGGCAUCCCGUCCAGCCCUGCCAGCCUGAGGAUCACCCUGCAGAAGCGGGACUCGUCAGAGCAGCUGGGCAUCAAGCUGGUGCGGAGGACUGACGAGGUGGGGGUGUUUGUGCUAGACCUGCUGGACGGCGGCCUGGCUGCCAAGGACGGGAGGCUGUGUAGUAACGACCGCGUACUGGCGGUCAAUGAGCAGGACCUACGCCACGGCACGCCUGAACAGGCUGCUCAGAUCAUACAGGUAAGACUGCUAGGGGAUAAACAGUGUUUCUGACCGUUCCUCUUGUGGAUGGCUAAACCUACUCCCUUUUCCUGUCAACUACAGGCCAGCGGCGAAAGAGUCUAUCUGCUGAUUGGCCGUCCCAGCAAGCCUACCCCUCCCCCUCCAUCAAGCUCUGCCUCCAACAGAGAUCUGUACUGCCAUGACCACUUCCUCCCCAACCACCAUCACCAUCACCACAGCUUCUCCCCCAGCCCCAGCACCGUGCCCACCUGUGCCCAUCUGGCCCGCUCCUGCACCCACAGAGUGAGUACACACCUGAGGGAGUGUGUGUGUCUGACUGUGUCUGUUCAUAUGUAUCUAUUUAUGCUGGAGGCCUCUCCCAAUGUGUAUUAUACACUGUAGGACCUCUCUUAGUGAGUGUGUGUGUGUGUGUGUGUAUAUAUAUGUGUGUGUGUAUAUGUGUGUGUGUGUGUGUGUGUGUAGGACCUGUCCCAGUGUGUGACCUGUAAGGAGAAACACAUCACUGUGAAGAAGGAGCCUCAUGAGUCUCUGGGUAUGACCGUGGCCGGGGGGCGGGGCAGCAAGAGCGGCGAGCUGCCCAUCUUUGUGACCAGCAUCCAACCACACGGCUGCCUGUCACGGGAUGGACGAAUCAAACGAGGUGAGCUGUGGGCUACAUCACAGCCUGUUAGAUUAUUGAGGCCAAGUUCUUGUUUGGUUUGGCUCCUUUCUUUGCUCAUGAUCUGCCACAGCUACAUUCUCAGGAGUCAGUGUUGGAAUGUUCUCUCUCAGGACUCUUUGUCCCUAAGUAACAAUGUCUCUCUCUGUCCCUCUCCCUCCUUCUAUCCCUCCUUCUUUCUCUCUCUCUGUCGGUUCUUCACUCUGCCUCCCCAUCUCCUGUUGUCCCUGUUUAUCUCUCCCCACUCUAUCUCAUUAUCUCUCUCUGUCACCUCCUCUCCUCCAGGUGACAUCCUCCUGAGUAUCAACGGCCAGGACCUGACCUACCUGAGCCACAGCGAGGCGGUUGGCACCCUGAAGGCCAGCGCAGCAUCGCCCUCCGUCCAGCUGAGGGCGCUGGAGGUCAGCAUGGUGGAGGAGCCGGACCAGGGCCAGAGCCCCGAGGACCAGCUGCUGCCCACACACCCCCACACACACGACUCGGACUACGACUCCUCCUGGUCCCCGUCCUGGGUCAUGUGGCUUGGCCUGCCCAGGUAAACAGGAGCUAUAGAAGACACACCUCAUUGGGUUGGACUCACCUGUGGUGGUUGGGAUGUUGGGAGUUUAUGUGUGAAAGUAUUGCCUUGAUUUAUUUAGUUUUUUCAUAUUAGUGUAGGUGACGCAGAGGAGACAAGGAAAGGAAGCAAGUUGACUAGUGAGAUCCAUCCCAUGAUUCACCUGAAGUCAUCUGUGGAGAAUGUGUUUGUAUGUCGGCGCAUUUCUGUUGAUUUUGAUUUGAGUGUGUUCUGUGUUGGGAUGUAAAUGUUGCACGGAUCAUGUAUUAUGUGUGUGUGUUGAUGUGUUUGUGUUGAUGUGUGUAUGUUGAUGUGUGUGUGUUGGUGUGUGUGUUAAAGCCAGGGUGCGUGUGUUACAUAAGGUGGUCCAUACGAGGGAUUAUGUGUGUGUGUUGUCCUGAACUGUGGUGUAACCAUCAACAGCUGUGGAUUAUCAACUGAGGGGCAUGUGGUUACAUCCCUAAUGUCUCUCCCCAAUUCAUCCUUCAGAGACUGGUACAGAGAGGACAGCCUCAAACUCACCCCUCCCUUUUCUAUCGCUCUCUCCUUUUCUUCCGCUCUGUCUCUCUUUCUCUCCUCCCUCUCUGAAUCUCCCUUCCUCCAUCUCUCUUUUCGUCUGUCUUUCUCCAUCUGUCUCAUUUCUCUUGCCUUACGUCACCAUUUUUCUCCCUGCCCCUCCCUCCCUCUCUCCCUAAACCUGGCUCAACCCUCUCCACCGCCCCCCUUCUUCUGUAUUUCUAUUUAUUAUGGGUCUCCUGUCUCCCUCACUAAAACACUGACUCAUUCAUUCCAGCCAUCUCUAUCUCAGCUUCCUUCACAGUAGCCAUGAGAUUGUUCUGCGUAGAAGUCACCCUGGGAGCUGGGGCUUCAGCAUCGUCGGGGGAUACGAGGAAAACCAUAGCAACCAGGCAUUCUUUAUCAAGACCAUUGUCCUUGGAACGCCUGCAUACUCCGAUGGCAGCCUCAAGUAAGCCGUCAGUCAUGUUGUUGGGUUGUGAGCAUAAAGACAUAUUUCCAUUCUUUGUAAGUUAAUGGACAAUAAAGUACAUCUUAUAUAUACAGUGGGGAGAACAAGUAUUUGAUACAGUGCCGAUUUUGCAGGUGUUUUCCUACUUACAAAGCAUGUAGAGGUCUGUAAUUUUUAUCAUAGGUACACUUCAACUGUGAGAGACAGAAUCUAAAACAAAAAUCCAGAAAAUCACAUUGUAUGAUUUUUAAGUAAUUAAUUAGCAUUUUAUUGCAUGACAUAAGUAUUUGAUCACCUACCAACCAGUAAGAAUUCCGGCUCUCACAGACCUGUUAGUUUUUCUUUAAGAACCCCUCCUGUUCUCCACUCAUUACCUGUAUUAACUGCACCUGUUUGAACUCGUUACCUGUAUAAAAGACACCUGUCCACACACUCAAUCAAACAGACUCCAGCCAAGUGUCUGCGGGUUUUCGCUUCCACCCUUGUACUUGAUUGACGUCACUAAUUAGUAAGAAACUCCCCUCACCUGGUUGUCUAGGUCUUAACCCGCAGACACUCGGCCCUCUGUGGAAUGAGUUUGACACCCCUGCUAUAAUGGCACGGAUAUAAAGAUGUCCUCUAUCUACAGUGGGGAGAACAAGUAUUUGAUACACUGCCGAUUUUGCAGGUUUUCCUACUUACAAAGCAUGUAGAGGUCUGUAAUUUUUAUCAUAGGUACACUUCAACUGAAAAUCCAGAAAAUCACAUUGUAUGAUUUUUAAGUAAUUAAUUUGCAUUUUAUUGCAUGACAUAAGUAUUUGAUACAUCAGAAAAGCAGAACUUAAUAUUUGGUACAGAAACCUUUGUUUGCAAUUACAGAGAUCAUACGUUUCCUGUAGGUCUUGACCAGGUUUGCACACACUGCAGCAGGGAUUUUGGCCCACUCCUUCAUACAGACCUUCUCCAGAUCCUUCAGGUUUCGGGGCUGUCACUGGGCAAUACGGACUUUCAGCUCCCUCCAAAGAUUUUCUAUUGGGUUCGGGUCUGGAGACUGGCUAGGCCACUCCAGGACCUUGAGAUGCUUCUUACGGAGCCACUCCUUAGUUGCCCUGGCUGUGUGUUUCGGGUCGUUGUCAUGCUGGAAGACCCAGCCACGACCCAUCUUCAAUGCUCUUACUGAGGGAAGGAGGUUGUUGGCCAAGAUCUCGCGAUACAUGGCCCCAUCCAUCCUCCCCUCAAUACGGUGCAGUCGUCCUGUCCCCUUUGCAGAAAAGCAUCCCCAAAGAAUGAUGUUUCCACCUCCAUGCUUCACUGUUGGGAUGGUGUUCUUGGGGUUGUACUCAUCCUUCUUCUUCCUCCAAACACGGUGAGUGGAGUUUAGACCAAAAAGCUCUAUUUUUGUCUCAUCAGACCACAUGACCUUCUCCCAUUCCUCCUCUGGAUCAUCCAGAUGGUCAUUGGCAAACUUCAGACGGGCCUGGACAUGCGCUGGCUUGAGCAGGGGGACCUUGCGUGCGCUGCAGGAUUUUAAUCCAUGACGGCGUAGUGUGUUACUAAUGGUUUUCUUUGAGACUGUGGUCCCAGCUCUCUUCAGGUCAUUGACCAGGUCCUGCCGUGUAGUUCUGGGCUGAUCCCUCACCUUCCUCAUGAUCAUUGAUGCCCCACGAGGUGAGAUCUUGCAUGGAGCCCCAGACCGAGGGUGAUUGACCGUCAUCUUGAACUUCUUCCAUUUUCUAAUAAUUGCACCAACAGUUGUUGCCUUCUCACCAAGCUGCUUGCCUAUUGUCCUGUAGCCCAUCCCAGCCUUGUGCAGGUCUACAAUUUUAUCCCUGAUGUCCUUACACAGCUCACUGGUCUUGGCCAUGGUGGAGAGGUUGGAGUCUGUUUGAUUGAGUGUGUGGACAGGUCUCUUUUAUACAGGUAACGAGUUCAAACAGGUGCAGUUAAUACAGGUAAUGAGUGGAGAACAGGAGGGCUUCUUAAAGAAAAACUAACAGGUCUGUGAGAGCCAGAAUUCUUACUGGUUGGUAGGUGAUCAAAUACUUGUCAUGCCAUAAAAUGCAAAUUAAUUACUUAAAAAUCAUACAAUGUGAUUUUCUGGAUUUUUGUUUUAGAUUCCGUCUCUCACAGUUGAAGUGUACCUAUGAUAAAAAUUACAGACCUCUAGAUGCUUUGUAAGUAGGAAAACCUGCAAAAUCGGCAGUGUAUCAAAUACUUGUUCUCCCCACUGUACACACACAGAGUAUAUAAAACAUUAAGGACACCUGCUCUUUCCAUGACGUAGACUGACCAGGUGAAUCCAGGUAAAAGCUAUGAUGCUCUAUUGAUGUCACUUAUUGAAUCCACUUCAAUCAGUGUAGAUGAAGGGGAGGAGACAGGUUAAAUGAUUUUAAAGCAUGAAUUGUGUAUGUGUGCCAUUCAGAGGGUGAAUGGGCAAGACAAAAGGUUUAAGGGCCUUUGAACGGGGUAUGGUAGUAGGUGCCAGGCGCACCUGUUUGUGUCAAGAGUGCAACGCUGCUGGGUUUGUUUUUCCAUACUCAAGUUUACUGAGUGUAUCAAGAAUGGUCCACCACCCAAAGGACAUCCAACCAACUUUACACAACUGUGGGAAGCAUUGGAGUCAACAUGGCCAGCAUCCCUGUGGAACGCUUUCGGCACCUUGUAGAGUCCAUUCCCCUGACGAAUUGAGGCUGUUCUGAGGGCAAAGGGUGGGGUGCAACUUAAUAUUAGGAAGGUGUUCUUAAUGUUUGGUAUACUCAGUAGAUAUGUACUGUAUAUGGUCCAUCCAUAUUGAUGUUCCCCUCUGUGUCCCCCUCUAUUUCCUAGGUGUGGGGACAUGAUAGUGGCAGUUAACGGGCUGUCUACGGCUGGUAUGAGCCACUCAGCCCUGGUACCCAUGCUGAAGGAGCAGCGUAGCAGAGUGGCUCUCACCGUGGUCUCCUGGCCUGGCAGCCUGGCAUAGAACCGGGUCAAACUUCACUGGACUGCAUCAUGCCACGCUGAAAUUACUCUAGACUGUAUCUAACCAGGGCCAAAUCAUGCGAAACCAGGCUACGGCGCCAAAUCAUGCCAUACUGAAAUUGCUCUGGAUCAGACCGACUGUAACCCGGGCCAAAUCACAUGGACUUCAUCAAACCAGGCUAGAGUGAACCUGGCCCUCCUAGGCAAAAUCCCUUGAGACUAGGCUGGACCUUGCCAGCCCCACGCCACACUGCAAUCACACACUGAUGUGUUCAUACAGAUGUAGGAUCUUAAUUUGAUCACCCUGUUGCAGAACUUUCCUGCAAUGCAGGACAUUUCAAACUUGUAGUGUAUGAGGUUUAAAAAGGCUUCUAAAGUUUGUAAUGUCCACUUUUCCUUACAAAACAUUUAUCAAACUUUACAAAAAUGUCCAUUCAUUAUAAUCCACAUUCCUGCUGUAGCAAACUGGAUCAAAUUAAGAUCCUAUAUCUGUAUGGUCAUGUUAUCGGUCUUCACUUCCACACAGAGUGUGGGACUGUAUCUGUUAAAGGACAGUAUACAGUGGGGGAAAAAAGUAUUUAGUCAGCCACUAAUUGUGCAAGUUCUCCCACUUAAAAAGAUGAGAGAGGCCUGUAAUUUUCAUCAUAGGUACACGUCAACUAUGACAGACAAAUUGAGGAAAAAAAUUCCAGAAAAUCACAUUGUAGGAUUUUUAAUGAAUUUAUUUGCAAAUUAUGGUGGAAAAUAAGUAUUUGGUCACCUACAAACAAGCAAGAUUUCUGGCUCUCACAGACCUGUAACUUCUUCUUUAAGAGGCUCCUCUGUCCUCCACUCGCUACCUGUAUUAAUGGCACCUGUUUGAACUUGUUAUCAGUAUAAAAGACACCUGUCCACAACCUCAAACAGUCACACUCCAAACUCCACUAUGGCCAAGACCAAAGAGCUUUCAAAGGACACCAGAAACAAAAUUGUAGACCUGCACCAGGCUGGGAAGACUGAAUCUGCAAUAGGUAAGCAGCUUGGUUUGAAGAAAUCAACUGUGGGAGCAAUUAUUAGGAAAUGGAAGACAUACAAGACCACUGAUAAUCUCCCUCGAUCUGGGGCUCCACGCAAGAUCUCACCCCGUGGGGUCAAAAUGAUCACAAGAACGGUGAGAAAAAAUCCCAGAACCACACGGGGGGACCUAGUGAAUGACCUGCAGAGAGCUGGGACCAAAGUAACAAAGCCUACCAUCAGUAACACACUACGCCGCCAGGGACUCAAAUCCUGCAGUGCAAGACAUGUCCCCCUGCUUAAGCCAGUACAUGUCCAGGCCCGUCUGAAGUUUACUAGAGUGCAUUUGGAUGAUCCAGAAGAGGAUUGGGAGAAUGUCAUAUGGUCAGAUGAAACCAAAAUAUAACUUUUUGGUAAAAACUCAACUCGUCGUGUUUGGAGUACAAAGAAUGGUGAGUUGCAUCCAAAGAACACCAUACCUACUGUGAAGCAUGGGGGUGGAAACAUCAUGCUUUGGGGCUGUUUUUCUGCAAAGGGACCAGGACGACUGAUCCGUGUAAAGGAAAGAAUGAAUGGGGCCAUGUAUCGUGAGAUUUUGAGUGAAAACCUCCUUCUAUCAGCAAGGGCAUUGAAGAUGAAACGUGGCUGGGUCUUUCAGCAUGACAAUGAUCCCAAACACACCGCCCAGGCAACGAAGGAGUGGCUUCGUAAGAAGCAUUUCAAGGUCCUGGAGUGGCCUAGCCAGUCUCCAGAUCUCAACCCCAUAGAAAAUCUUUGGAGGGAGUUGAAAGUCCGUGUUGCCCAGCGACAGCCCCAAAACAUCACUUCUCUAGAGGAGAACUGCAUGGAGGAAUGGGCCAAAAUACCAGCAACAGUGUGUGAAAACCUUGUGAAGACAUACAGAAAAUGUUUGACCUGUGUCAUUGCCAACAAAGGGUAUAUAACAAAGUAUUGAGAAACUUUUGUUAUUGACCAAAUACUUAUUUUCCACCAUAAUUUGCAAAUAAAUUCAUUAAAAAUCCUACAAUUUUUUUUCUCAUUUUGUCUGUCAUAGUUGACGUGUACCUAUGAUGAAAAUUACAGGCCUCUCUCAUUUUUUUAAGUGGGAGAACUUGCACAAUUGGUGGCUGACUAAAUACUUUUUUUCCCCACUGUAUCGUCUCUGUACUGUUUCUCUUCACUGGACUGCAGUAGUAGAUACUAGGGGCAUAUUCAGGUGGCCUCAACGUUACAGAACGUUUCAGAUAGAAAUUCACUACAUAGAACCGAUAGGAUUCUCUGCCAUGUAGAAUAAUGAAUUUGAUCAGCUCUAGGCCAUGUAUUUCUGUCAUUAUAAACGCUUCUAGGGUUAUGUUCAGGAGGAGAAAUCAUUUUGAAACAAGUUCAGGUAGCACCUGUUUAAAAAUAAAAUAAAGAAGUCGCUCCUACUGAAUACAGCCUUACCGGAUACCUGCCACGCCCUGGGGGCCCGACCCGCCCCCCUGGACACAGCCUUAGGCCUCAUCACCGUGACGACCCAGCCGUCAGCUUGCUGGGGUUUUAUACGUGUGUGAAUGUGUGUUCUGCGGUUUAAUAAAGACUUCCCAGAGUCGAUUCUCUUACCUAGAAGUCCGUCCACUGUGCCUGUGUGUGCGUGCCACCUCUCCCUGGCCCCACACCUUCAUAGUUAGAGGAAAACUGGUUUUUGGCAUGCUAGUUUACUGGAGUCUGUUCAGCACCUGGAUGUGUUUACAUUUUAGUCAUUUAGCAGACGCUCUUAUCCAGAGCGACUUUCAGGAGCAAUUAGGGUUAAGUGCCUUGCUCAGGGGCAAAGACUGAUUUUUCACCUAGUCGGCUCGGGGUUUCAAACCAGCAACCGGUUACUGGCCCAACACUCUUAACCACUAGGCUACCUGCUGUGUGUGUUCAGUCAGUUCCGUUGGUGUGAGCACUGAGAAGAGGAUGGGAGUUGAUUUAUUUGAUUUAUUUAGAGUACAGACUUUUGGCUAUUUUAAAUGCCAUUCCUUGUUCACCAAGCUCACCCCUCCCCAGGAUGAAAGGAGCAGACUUCAGAACCCGAUAUGAAUGUGCCAUUAUUGGAGGCACUUAGCAAAUGCCCAUCAAUCGAACCUCAUUGCUAAACAUGUUGCAUUACACAAUCAUUAACAUCAGACAAAAAUCCAGAGGGUGCAGUAGUGAGGAUAUAUUUGAUAAGUGUUUGAUACAUAACUGAAAGAGUCGGCUCCUGAAAACAAAUUGAACAAAAAUACUUCACACAGCGCAAAGUAUAGGUUCCUCUUCCACAGGUUUCAGAACACCCCCAUGGUUCUGAUGGACCAGUCCAUGUCAGGGCAGGGGUGUUACAGGGUGUAGGACCCAAGCUGGUGUUACGGAGUUGGGCAGCCAGUCUGCUGGUCUCAGCCUGUGGGGACACAGUCCCCGACUCAGACUGA